AUGGCAGCUGUAAUGCCCAGCAUCGGAUACACGCCACACCCCACGGCAAUGAUGAAGGCAGCGCAGUGGAUGGGUACACGAGCUAUCGAAGUGGGAGUCGUACCCAAGCCCAAGAUCACAGACCCCAGCGACGCCAUCGUCCAAAUCACGCACUGCACGAUCUCCGGUUCAGACAUCCACCUGUACGAGGGCGAGCUCAAAGACGCAAUGGAAAAAGGUGACAUUCUCGGCCAAGAAGCCAUCGGCGUCGUAGAAGAAGUUGGGCCCAAUGUGAAAAUCCUCAAAGCCGGUGACCGGGUCAUCAUCCUACCCGUCAUCUCAUGCGGUAGCUGCCAGUAUUGCCAGCGACAGGAGUACUCGCUCUGCGAUAAUACAAACCCAUCCAGGGAAAUGGAAGCAGCCUACGGCCACCGAGUCGGCGGCAAACUGGGCUACAGCCGGCUCUGUGGUGGGUAUCCAGGCGACCAGGCGGAGUACUGCCGCGUGCCGCAUGCAGACUUGUCGUGUGUCCGGGCGCCGCCGAAUAUUGAUGCGCGGAAAUUACUGGGUUUAACGAAUGUCGUGACUACGGCUUGGCAUGCGCUGGAAUUGGCUGAGGUGCAGGAUGGGGAUGUGGUGGGUGUAUGGGGUUGUGGGCCUAUUGGGCUCGCAGUGCAGCGACUGGCGAAGCUCCGCGGGGCUAAGAAGGUCUAUGCUAUGGAUAAGGACGCGCAGCGACUGCGGAUUGCGGAAGAUUUCGGCAUGACUCCUGUUGAUGUGGAUGCUCAUCCGGAUGUGGCCGAGUAUAUCCUGUCGAUUCAGGACAAUGGCAUUGAUCGGUCUAUUGAAGCUAGUGGGUCCCGUAGUUCGCAGAAACAUGAGUUUCCGGCUAUGCGGGCGAUUGGGCUUGAGAAGGAUAGUGGCGAUACAUUAGGGGCCAUUAUCAAGGCAACCCGUAAGGGUGGUAAUGUGGCAUUGAUUGGGGAUUUCUUUUUUACAACGCAUGAUUUCCCAAUUGGGCCUUUGAUGCAGAAAGCGCUGACAGUGCGUGGAGGUCAAACGUGGCCGCAAAAGGGGCAGUAUUAUCCGUUCUUAAUGGACUUGGUGGUGCAGGGCACACUAGAUCCCUCGUGGAUGUUCACGUAUGUGGACGAAUUUGAGAAUAUCGCGGAUAUGUACCACAAGUUCUCGCAGCAUGAGGUUCCAGGCAGACUGAAAGUGUGUUUAGUGACGGCCUUUGGACGCAGUGAACAGAUGCAACCCACCAGCGACCUACCAGUCGACGUCCGAGGCUCUGACGUUGACGAGUACGGGGAGAACAAAUGGUCAGCACCACAAUUCGUUACCUCGCCCUUCAUGCCAGUGCAUGGGAUGGCGCCGGGCCUAAACUACGGCCAGCAAGUCUACGAAGGUCUUAAAGCCUUCCGUCACCCAUCCAACGACAAGAUAACCAUUUUCCGCCCCGACCGCAACGCCAAGCGCAUGCAGUACUCUGCCGAAGUAGUCUCCAUCCCGCCUGUUCCGGAGGAUCUGUUCAUCGAGUGCGUGGGGUUAGCAGUUGGUGCAAACGCCGAGUACGUACCACCCCACGAGUCCGGCGCCGCAAUGUAUGUCCGACCCGUGCUCUUCGGCUCCUCUGCGCAGCUGGGGCUGAGUCCACCGGAUGGGUACACGUUAGCAGUAUUUGCUAUGCCGACUGGCGUAUACCACGGAUUGAGUGCGGUUGAAGCGCUGAUCUUGGAGGACUUUGAUCGCUGUGCACCGCAUGGGACCGGUGCUGCUAAAGUUGGUGGUAAUUAUGCACCUGUGUUGCGGCACAGUGACCGGGCACGACGGGAAGGGUUUGGAAUCACCCUUCAUUUGGAUAGUGCGACUCGCACUGAAGUCGAUGAGUUUUCGACUUCUGCUUUCAUUGGAGUGAAGCGUGACGGAGAUCACAUCACUGUCAUCCAGCCGGAUAGCCUGAAUGCUAUCGACUCAGUUACGGCGGCAUCAGUGUUGGAAAUUGCCUGCACCCUGGGAUAUCGGGUGGAGAAGAGGCGGGUUGCUUAUGAGGAGCUGCGGGAUUUCGAUGAAGUUAUUGCUGCUGGUACAGCGGCAGCGUUGGUACCUGUGGGUAGUAUUACGAUGCAGUCCCGUGGUGAUAAGUUUGAAUACCAUUGCGGGUCUCAGAAGGAGGGUGGUGAGAUUUGCAUUAAGCUGCUGCAGACUCUUCGUGGUAUGCAAUCUGGAACUGUUGAGGAUACCUUGGGCUGGAAUUAUGAGGUGCAGGCACCUCCGAAGGGUUGGAUACAGCAAGAGGAGAUUGAGCUGAGUGGUGCCAUUGUCCCAUAA